AUCGGUCUGCUUCUUGGUGCACUUGCUCAGAAGUGAGCGGAGGGCUUUUCGUGUUGGUCUUGCGUUGAGAAUAACAUCGAUCCCAGACCUGUAAAUACUGUACCACCCACCCCCCUCCUGCUGAACCAUGGCCUUCGUGCCCACACCGAGCCCCACUGUGGUGGACCAGACCACACUGAUGAAGAAAUACCUGCAGUUUGUGGCAGCGCUCACAGACAACAACACACCUGAUGAAACCAAGUUAAAGAUGAUGCAAGAAGUCAGUGAAAAUUUUGAAAAUGUAACAUCUUCGCCGCAGUAUUCCACCUUUCUGGAACACAUCAUUCCUCGUUUCCUCACCUUCUUGCAGGAUGGAGAGGUUCAGUUUCUGCAGGAAAAACCAGCUCAGCAACUGAGAAAGCUGGUACUAGAAAUCAUUCACCGAAUUCCAACUAACGAACAUCUCCGACCACACACCAAAAACAUUCUGUCUGUGAUGUUCCGCUUUUUAGAGAUUGAGAGUGAGGAGAAUGUUCUUAUUUGCCUGAGGGUCAUCAUUGAACUACACAAACAGUUCAGGCCACAGAUCACACAGGAGAUUCACCACUUUUUAGACUUUGUGAAGCAGAUCUACAAAGAGUUGCCCAAAGUGGUGACCCGGUACUUUGAGAACCCGCAGGUUGUCCCUGACAACACAGUGCCGUCACCGGAGAUGGUGGGCAUGAUCACGUCCAUCGUGGUGAAGACGAAUCCUGAGCGGGAGGACAGCGAGACCCGCACGGUGAGUCACACAAUCAUUCCCAGAGGUUCCCUCUCACUGAAGGUUCUGGCUGAGCUGCCCAUCAUUGUCGUGCUGAUGUACCAGCUGUACAAAUUAAACAUUCACAAUGUGGUUGCAGAGUUUGUGCCUUUGAUCAUGAACACCAUCAUGCUUCAAGUUUCUCCUCAGGCAAGGCAACAUAAGCUGUACAACAAAGAACUCUAUGCAGACUUCAUUGCAGCUCAGAUCAAAACCCUUUCCUUCUUGGCUUAUAUUAUCAGAAUAUAUCAGGACUUGGUGGCCAAGUACUCUCAGCAGAUGGUGAAGGGGAUGCUGCAGCUGCUGUCGAACUGCCCCUCGGAGACGGCACACCUGCGCAAAGAGCUCCUCAUCGCGGCCAAGCACAUCCUCACCACUGACCUGCGCAGCCAAUUCAUUCCAUGCAUGGAUAAGCUGUUUGAUGAGUCCAUACUAAUUGGCUUGGGGUACACGGCUCGUGAGACACUGAGACCCCUGGCCUACAGCACACUGGCUGACCUGGUGCACCACGUGCGUCAGAACUUGCCCCUGAUCGACCUUUCCCUGGCUGUGCAGCUCUUUGCCAAGAACAUCGACGACGAGUCCCUGCCCAGCAGCAUCCAAACCAUGUCCUGCAAGCUGCUGCUCAACCUGGUGGACUGCAUCCGUUCCAAGAGCGAGCAGGAGAACGGCAAUGGCCGGGACAUCCUCAUGAGGAUGCUGGAGGUGUUUGUGCUCAAGUUUCACACCAUUGCACGCUACCAGCUGGUCACCAUCUUUAAGAAGUGCAAGCCGCAGUCCGAGUUGGGUGUGGUGGAUGCCGCAGCCCUCCCUGGGGUACCUCCCACCCCCACCGUUCCUGUCCCUCUGCCUCUGCCCCCACCCGUACCCCCCACACCAGUCACCCCAGCUCCCCCCACCUCCUCCUUUGACAAGCAGGGGGACAAGGAGGACAAGCAGACCUUCCAGGUGUCAGACUGCCGCAGCCUAGUCAAGACCCUGGUGUGCGGAGUCAAGACCAUCACCUGGGGCAUCACCUCCUGCAAAGCCCCUGGAGAAGCUCAGUUCAUCCCUAACAAACAGCUGCAGCCUAAAGAAACUCAGAUCUACAUCAAGCUUGUCAAAUACGCCAUGCAAGCUUUGGAUAUUUAUCAGGUGCAGAUUGCUGGGAAUGGGCAGACCUACAUCCGUGUAGCAAACUGCCAGACGGUGCGGAUGAAGGAGGAGAAGGAGGUUCUAGAGCACUUCGCUGGGGUCUUUACCAUGAUGAACCCCCUCACCUUCAAGGAGAUCUUCCAGACUACUGUGCCCUACAUGGUUGACAGGAUCUCCAAGAACUAUGCACUACAGAUUGUUGCAAACUCAUUCCUGGCGAACCCGUCCACCUCUGCUCUGUUUGCCACAAUCCUGGUGGAGUACCUGCUGGAGAGGCUGCCUGAGAUGGGCUCCAACGUGGAACUCUCCAACCUCUACCUCAAGCUUUUCAAGCUGGUCUUUGGCUCCGUCUCCCUCUUCGCUGCAGAGAAUGAGCAGAUGCUCAAGCCUCAUUUGCACAAGAUUGUGAACAGCUCGAUGGAGCUGGCCCAGUCUGCCAAGGAGCCCUACAACUAUUUCCUGCUGCUCAGGGCUCUCUUCAGGUCCAUUGGAGGCGGGAGCCAUGACCUGUUGUACCAGGAAUUCCUGCCCCUUCUGCCAAACUUGCUGCAAGGCCUGAACAUGCUACAGAGUGGCCUGCACAAGCAGCACAUGAAGGACCUGUUUGUGGAGCUGUGCCUGACGGUUCCAGUUCGCCUCAGCUCCCUGCUGCCCUACCUGCCUAUGCUGAUGGACCCACUGGUGUCGGCCCUCAACGGCUCCCAGACGCUGGUGAGCCAGGGCCUUCGCACCCUGGAGCUGUGCGUGGACAACCUGCAGCCGGACUUCCUCUAUGACCACAUCCAGCCUGUCCGCGCCGAGCUCAUGCAGGCCCUCUGGCGCACUCUCCGGAACCCGGCAGACACCAUCUCCCAUGUGGCGUACCGCGUGCUGGGCAAGUUUGGCGGCAGCAACCGCAAGAUGCUGAAGGAGUCUCAGAAGCUACAGUUCGUGGUGACGGAGGUGCCGGGCCCCAGCAUAACCACCGAGUUCUCAGACUGCAAGGCCUCCAUUCAGCUCCCCAUGGAGAAGGCUAUUGAAACAGCUCUGGACUGUCUGAAGAGUGCCAACACAGAGCCGUAUUACCGCAGGCAGGCCUGGGAGGUCAUCAAGUGCUUCCUGGUGGCCAUGAUGAGCCUGGAUGACAACAAGCAUGCCCUCUACCAGUUGUUGGCUCACCCAAAUUUCACAGAGAAGUGGAUCCCCAGUGUUAUAAUUUCACACCGGUAUAAAGCCCAGGACACCCCUGCCCGCAAGACGUUCGAGCAGGCCUUGACGGGAGCCUUCAUGUCGGCUGUCAUUAAAGACCUCCGGCCCAGCGCCCUCCCCUUCGUGGCCAGCCUCAUCCGCCACUACACUAUGGUGGCUGUGGCACAGCAGUGUGGCCCCUUCCUGCUGCAGUGCUACCAGCUUGGCAGCCAGCCCAGCACAGCCAUGUUCCACAGCGAGGACAACGGCUCCAAGGGCAUGGACCCCCUGGUCCUGAUCGACGCCAUCGCCAUCUGCAUGGCCUACGAGGAGAAAGAGCUGUGCAAGAUCGGAGAGGUGGCGCUGGCAGUCAUCUUUGACGUGGCCAGCAUCAUCCUGGGCUCCAAGGAGAGGGCCUGCCAGUUGCCUCUGUUCUCCUACAUCGUGGAGCGUCUGUGUGCCUGUUGCUAUGAACAGGCCUGGUAUGCCAAGCUGGGUGGCGUGGUGUCCAUCAAGUUUCUGAUGGAGCGGCUGCCCCUGAUCUGGGUCCUCCAGAACCAACAGACCUUCCUGAAGGCGUUGUUGUUUGUCAUGAUGGACCUUACAGGAGAGGUGUCGAACGGGGCGGUGGCCAUGGCGAAGACCACCCUGGAGCAGCUCCUGGUGCGCUGUGCUACGCCGCUCAAGGACGAGGAGAAAACAGAGGAGCUGCUGGCCGCACAGGAGAAGUCUUUCCACCAUGUCACCCACGACCUGGUGCGUGAGGUCACCUCUCCAAACUCCACUGUCCGCAAGCAGGCCAUGCACUCCCUGCAGGUCCUCGCGCAGGUCACAGGCAAAAGUGUCACGGUCAUCAUGGAGCCCCACAAAGAGGUGUUGCAGGACAUGGUUCCCCCAAAGAAGCACCUUCUUCGUCACCAGCCAGCCAACGCCCAGAUUGGGCUGAUGGAAGGUAACACCUUCUGCACAACUCUGCAGCCCCGGCUCUUCACCAUGGACCUCAACGUGGUGGAACACAAGGUCUUCUACACCGAGUUGCUGAACCUGUGUGAAGCGGAGGAUACUGCUCUUGUGAAGUUGCCAUGCUACAAGAGCCUGCCAUCUCUAGUGCCUCUGCGCAUCGCUGCACUGAAUGCUCUGGCCGCCUGCAAUUAUCUGCCUCAGUCCAGAGAGAAAAUCAUUGCAGCUCUCUUCAAGGCUCUUAACUCCACUAAUAAUGAACUGCAGGAGGCCGGGGAAGCCUGCAUGAGAAAGUUUUUGGAAGGGGCGACGAUCGAGGUGGAUCAGAUCCACACCCACAUGCGCCCCCUGCUGAUGAUGCUGGGCGAUUACCGCAGCCUGACACUCAAUGUUGUAAACCGCCUCACCUCUGUCACACGGCUCUUCCCCAACUCCUUCAACGACAAGUUCUGCGACCAAAUGAUGCAACACCUGCGGAAAUGGAUGGAAGUGGUGGUGAUCAAUCACAAAGGAGGACAGCGAAGCGAUGGAAAUCCUGCUGUAGAAGGUGGUUUGGAGGAAAUGAAAAUUUGCUCUGCGAUUAUUAAUCUGUUCCACUUGAUCCCGGCUGCCCCCCAGACACUGGUCAAGCCUUUGUUGGAGGUGGUGAUGAAAACGGAGAGAGCCAUGCUAAUAGAGGCUGGAAGCCCGUUCAGGGAGCCCCUGAUUAAGUUCCUGACGCGUCACCCAUCACAGACAGUGGAGCUGUUCAUGAUGGAAGCCACCCUGAAUGACCCCCAGUGGAGCAGGAUGUUCAUGAGCUUUCUAAAGCACAAAGAUGCCAAGCCCCUGCGGGAUGUCCUGGCCUCAAAUCCCAAUCGCUUUGUGACCCUGCUGCUCCCAGCCGGUCCUCAGGCAGCGGCCCGGCCCGGCUCCCCCUCUACCAGCACCAGCACCAGCACCAUGCGGCUCGACCUGCAGUUCCAGGCAAUCAAGAUCAUCAGCAUCAUUGUGAAGAACGACGAGGGCUGGCUGGCAGGGCAGCACUCUCUGGUUGGCCAGCUGAGGCGCGUCUGGGUGAGCGAGGCCUUCCAAGAGCGCCACCGCAAAGAUAACAUGGCUGCCACCAACUGGAAAGAGCCCAAACUACUUGCUUAUUGUCUGCUUAGCUACUGCAAGCGCAACUAUGGAGAGACUGAGCUGCUGUUCCAGCUGCUGCAAGCUUUCACGGGCCGCUUCUUGUGCAACAUGACCUUUCUGAAGGAGUACAUGGAAGAGGAGAUCCCCAAGAACUACGGCAUCGUUCACAAGAGAGCGUUGUUCUUCCGAUUCGUCGAAAUCAAUGACCCAAACUUCGGGGACGAGCUGAAAGCCAAGGUACUGCAGCACAUCCUGAACCCAGCCUUCCUGUAUAGCUUUGAGAAGGGGGAGGGGGAGCAGCUGUUGGGGCCACCCAAUCCAGAGGGGGACAACCCUGAGAGCAUCACCAGCGUCUUCAUCACCAAGGUGCUGGACCCAGAAAAGCAGAAUGACCUGCUGGACUCGCUGCGGAUCUACCUGCUCCAGUUUGCCACGCUGCUGGUGGAGCACGCCCCCCACCACAUCCACGACAACAACAAGAGCCGCAACAGCAAGCUGCGCCGCCUCAUGACCUUCGCUUGGCCGUGCCUGCUUUCCAAGGCCUGCGUGGACCCAGCCUGCAAAUACAGCGGCCACCUGCUGCUGGCACACAUCAUCGCCAAGUUCGCCAUCCACAAAAAGAUCGUCCUGCAGGUCUUCCACAGCCUGCUGAAGGCUCACACCAUGGAAGCCCGGGCCAUCGUCAGACAGGCUAUGGCUAUCCUCACCCCGGCUGUUCCUGCUCGCAUGGAGGACGGUCACCAGAUGCUGACCCACUGGACACGCAAGAUCAUCGUUGAGGAGGGCCACACGGUCCCUCAGUUGGUUCAUAUACUACACCUCAUAGUGCAGCACUUCAGGGUUUACUAUCCCGUGAGGCACCAUUUGGUGCAGCACAUGGUCAGCGCCAUGCAGAGACUGGGGUUCACUCCCAGCGUCACCAUUGAGCAGAGGAAGCUAGCUGUGGACCUGGCGGAGGUGGUCAUUAAGUGGGAGCUGCAGAGAAUCAAGGAGCAACUGCCCGAGUCAGAGGGUGAUCUUGGCGGCAGCGGGGAGGGAACGAGUGUCGCUACCGGGGCGAUGAAGAGGGGGCUUUCCAUGGACUCUGGACAGGACGUGAAGCGAUUCCGCACUGCUACAGGAGCCGUGAGCACAGUUUUUGCGCGCAGUCAGUCGGUGCCUGGUGCUGACGCCCUGCUCACCAAGCCAGUGGAGAAGCAGCACACUGACACGGUGGUCAGUUUCCUCAUCAGGAUAGCUUGCCAAGUAAAUGACAGCGCCAACACGGCAGGCUCCCCCGGAGAGCUGCUGUCUCGCCGCUGCGUCUCCCUCAUGAAGACCGCUCUGCGCCCUGACAUGUGGCCCAAGUCGGAGCUCAAGCUGCAGUGGUUCGACAAGCUGCUCAUGACUGUGGAACAACCGAACCAGGCAAACUUUGCAAACAUCUGCACGGGCCUGGAGGUGCUGAGCUUCCUGCUCACAGUGCUGCAGUCCCCUGCCAUCCUGUCGCAUUUCAAACCGCUGCAGCGCGGGAUCGCAGCCUGCAUGACCUGCGGCAACACCAAGGUGCUGAGAGCCGUGCACACCCUGCUGUCUCGCCUGAUGAGCAUCUUCCCCACUGAGCCCAGCACUUCGAAUGUCGCCUCGAAAUAUGAAGAGCUGGAGUGCCUCUAUGCUGCAGUUGGGAAGGUUAUAUAUGAAGGUCUCACGAACUAUGAGAAAGCCACUACUGCCAAUUCUACUCAGCUGUUUGGUACCUUGAUGAUUCUGAAGUCUGCUUGCAGCAACAACCCGAGCUACAUCGACCGCCUCAUCUCUGUGUUCAUGCGCUCACUGCAGAAGAUGGUGCGGGACCACCUGAACCCACAGGCCAUUCCUGGAGCGGUCGAGACCAACACAGUGACCAGCGAGCUGGUGAUGCUGAGUCUGGACUUGGUGAAGACGAGGCUGGCCGUCAUGAGCAUGGAGAUGAGGAAAAACUUUGUUCAGGUCAUCCUCACCUCUCUCAUCGAGAAGUCGCCCGACGCCAAAAUCCUGAGGGCUGUGGUGAAGAUUGUGGAGGAGUGGGUCAAGAACAACUCCCCCAUGGCUGUCAACCAGAUGCCAAAUCUAAGGGAGAAGUCCAUUCUGCUGGUGAAAAUGAUGACCUACAUUGAAAAGCGCUUUCCAGAAGACCUUGAAUUAAAUGCCCAGUUCUUAGACCUCGUUAACUAUGUCUACAGGGAUGAGAAUCUGUCUGGUAGUGAUAUCACCUCCAAGCUGGAGCCUGCCUUCCUGUCUGGGCUGCGCUGCUCCCAACCCCUCAUCCGGGCCAAGUUCUUUGACGUCUUCGAUGGCUCUAUCAAGCGACGGGUCUACGAGAGGCUUCUCUACGUUACCUGCUCCCAGAAUUGGGAGGCCAUGGGCAACCAUUUCUGGAUAAAACAAUGCAUUGAGCUGCUCCUUGCUGUGUGUGAGCGUGGCACCACCAUUGGGACGAACUGUCAAGGGGCCAUGCUGCCGUCAAUCACUAAUGUCAUCAAUCUGGCUGACAGUCACGACCGAGCUGCCUUCGCCAUGGUAACACACGUCAAACAAGAGCCGCGGGAGAGGGAGAACAGCGAGACCAAGGAGGAGGAUGUGGAGAUUGACAUUGAGCUGGCUCCGGGAGACCAGACUAGCACUCCCAAAACCAAGGAGCAGGCGGAGAAAGAUGCUGGGAACCAAUUGCACAUGCUGACCAACAGGCAUGAUAAGUUUCUGGAUUCUCUCAGAGAAGUAAAGACAGGAGCCUUGCUAAACGCUUUUGUCCAGUUGUGUCAUAUUUCCACUCCGCUAGCAGAAAAAACCUGGGUCCAGCUUUUCCCCAGACUCUGGAAAAUCCAGUCCGAUCGGCAGCAGCAUGCGCUGUCUGGAGAGAUCAGUCCGUUCCUGUGCAGCGGCAGUCACCAGGCACAGAGGGACUGCCAGCCCAGCGCUCUCAACUGCUUUGUGGAGGGCAUGUCCCAGUGCGUGCCGCCCAUCCCCAUCCGGCCCUGUGUGCUCAAGUACCUGGGGAAGACCCACAACCUGUGGUUCCGCUCCACGCUCAUGCUGGAGCACCAGGCCUUCGAGAAGGGGCUCAGCCUGCAGAUCAAAGCCAAGCAGUCCACAGAGUUCUACGAGCAGGAGAGCAUCACCCCGCCGCAGCAGGAGAUUUUGGACUCCUUGGCUGAACUCUACUCGCUCCUGCAAGAGGAGGACAUGUGGGCAGGGCUGUGGCAGAAGCGCUGCAAGUUCCCCGAGACUGCCACAGCCAUCGCGUACGAGCAGCAUGGCUUCUUCGAACAGGCUCAAGAAAGCUAUGAGAAGGCAAUGGAGAAAGCUCGGAAGGAACAUGAAAGGAGCAACGCCUCUCCUGCCAUCUUCCCAGAGUACCAGGUGUGGGAGGAUCACUGGGUGCGGUGUUCGAAGGAGCUGAACCAGUGGGAGCCCCUGACAGAGUAUGGCCAGUCUAAAGGCCACACCAACCCCUACCUGGUCCUGGAGUGUGCUUGGAGAGUCUCCAACUGGGCAGCAAUGAAAGAGGCCUUGGUGCAGGUGGAGCUGAGCUGCCUAAAAGAGAUGGCCUGGAAAGUGAACAUGUACCGGGGCUACCUGGCUAUCUGCCACCCCGAGGAGCAGCAGCUGAACUUCAUCGAGCGGCUGGUGGAGAUGGCGAGCAACCUGGUCAUCCGGGAGUGGAGGAGACUGCCUCACAUCGUUUCUCACGUGCACACCCCCCUGCUGCAGGCUGCCCAGCAAAUUAUUGAGCUCCAGGAAGCUGCCCAGAUCAAUGCUGGCUUGCAGCCUGCCAGCCUGGGCAGGAACACCAGCCUCCAUGACAUGAAGACUGUGGUGAAGACCUGGAGGAACAGACUGCCCAUUGUGUCGGAUGACCUGUCCCACUGGAGCAGCAUCUUCAUGUGGAGGCAGCACCACUACCAAGCCAUCGUGGCGGCCUAUGAGAAUAGCUCGCAGCACGACCCGAACUCCAACAACGCCAUGCUGGGGGUGCACGCCUCGGCCUCCGCCAUCAUCCAGUACGGGAAGAUCGGUCGCAAGCAGGGGCUGGUCAACGUGGCACUGGACAUCCUGAGCCGCAUCCACACCAUCCCCACAGUGCCCAUCGUCGACUGCUUCCAGAAGAUCCGCCAGCAGGUCAAGUGCUACCUGCAGCUGGCCGGAGUCAUGGGCAAGAACGAGUGCAUGCAGGGCCUGGAGGUCAUUGAAUCCACAAAUCUCAAGUAUUUCACCAAGGAGAUGACAGCCGAGUUCUACGCUCUGAAGGGGAUGUUCCUGGCCCAGAUUAACAAGUCUGAAGAGGCGAACAAGGCAUUCUCUGCAGCGGUGCAGAUGCAUGACGUGCUUGUGAAGGCCUGGGCUAUGUGGGGAGAUUACCUGGAGAACAUCUUUGUGAAGGACCGGCAGCUCCACCUGGGCGUCGCCGCCAUCACCUGCUACCUGCACGCCUGCCGUCACCAGAACGAGAGCAAGUCUCGCAAGUACCUGGCCAAGGUCUUGUGGCUGCUCAGCUUCGAUGAUAAGAAUACCCUGGCUGAUGCUGUCGACAAAUACUGCAUUGGAGUGCCGCCUAUCCAGUGGCUGGCAUGGAUCCCACAGCUGCUAACCUGCCUGGUUGGAUCAGAGGGCAAGCCACUUCUGAACCUCAUCAGCCAGGUUGGACGGGUGUAUCCUCAGGCCGUCUACUUUCCCAUCCGGACCCUUUACCUAACACUGAAGAUCGAGCAGAGGGAGCGGUACAAAAGUGACUCGGGCCAGCAGCAGCCCAGCUCGGUCGGUGCCCAGUCCCACUCUGCCUCGGACCCGGGCCCCAUUCGCGCGACGGCGCCCAUGUGGCGCUGCAGCCGGAUCAUGCACAUGCAGCGGGAGCUUCACCCCACCCUGCUCUCCUCGCUGGAGGGCAUCGUGGACCAGAUGGUGUGGUUCAGAGAGAACUGGCAUGAGGAGGUGCUGCGUCAGCUCCAGCAGGGCCUGGCUAAGUGCUACUCUGUGGCCUUUGAGAAGAGCGGCGCUGUGUCGGACGCCAAGAUCACGCCGCACACGCUCAACUUCGUCAAGAAGCUGGUGAGCACCUUCGGCGUGGGCCUGGAGAACGUCUCCAACGUGUCCACCAUGUUCUCCAGUGCCGCCUCGGAGUCGUUGGCACGCCGGGCACAGGCAACCGCUCAGGACCCAGUCUUCCAGAAGAUGAAGGGCCAGUUCACCACAGACUUUGACUUCAGCGUGCCGGGCUCCAUGAAGCUGCACAACCUCAUCUCCAAGCUGAAGAAGUGGAUCAAGAUCCUGGAGGCCAAGACCAAGCAGCUGCCAAAGUUUUUCCUGAUCGAGGAGAAGUGCCGCUUCCUGAGCAACUUCUCCGCGCAGACCGCCGAGGUGGAGAUCCCGGGGGAGUUUCUCAUGCCAAAGCCCACACACUACUACAUCAAGAUCGCCAGGUUCAUGCCUAGAGUGGAGAUCGUUCAGAAGCACAACACAGCUGCUCGCAGACUCUAUAUCCGAGGCCACAACGGGAAAAUCUACCCAUACCUGGUGAUGAACGAUGCCUGCCUGACUGAGUCCCGUCGAGAAGAGCGAGUCCUGCAGCUCCUGCGGUUGCUCAACCCUUGUCUGGAGAAGAGGAAGGAGACCACCAAGAGGCACCUCUUCUUCACAGUGCCCCGUGUUGUUGCAGUCUCUCCUCAGAUGAGGCUGGUUGAGGACAACCCUUCCUCGCUGUCCUUGGUCGAAAUCUACAAGCAGCGCUGCGCCAAGAAAGGCAUCGAGCACGACAAUCCCAUCUCGCGCUACUACGACAGGCUGGCUACAGUCCAAGCCCGGGGCACGCAGGCCAGCCACCAGGUUCUGCGGGACAUCCUGAAGGAGGUGCAGGGGAACAUGGUACCACGCAGCAUGCUGAAGGAAUGGGCGCUGCACACCUUCCCCAACGCCACAGAUUACUGGACCUUCCGCAAGAUGUUCACCAUCCAGCUGGCGCUCAUCGGACUAGCUGAGUUUGUUCUGCACUUGAACCGGCUCAACCCGGAGAUGCUGCAGAUUGCCCAGGACACUGGCAAGCUCAAUGUUGCGUAUUUCCGAUUUGACAUCAAUGACGCCACUGGGGAUCUGGAUGCCAACCGGCCUGUUCCAUUCCGGUUGACUCCCAACAUCUCUGAAUUCCUGACCACCAUCGGGGUCUCCGGCCCUCUCACAGCCUCCAUGAUUGCCGUCGCUCGCUGCUUCGCUCAGCCCAACUUCAAGGUUGAUGGCAUUCUAAAGGCCGUGCUCCGUGAUGAAAUAAUUGCCUGGCACAAGAAGACGCAGGAGGACACCUCCACGCCACUCUCAGCUGCUGGGCAGCCCGAUAACAUGGACAGUCAGCAGCUUGUGUCCCUGGUCCAGAAAGCUGUCACUGCCAUCAUGACCCGGCUCCACAACCUGGCCCAGUUCGAGGGGGGUGAGAGCAAAGUAAACACACUGGUGGCAGCAGCCAACAGCCUGGACAACCUUUGUCGAAUGGACCCCGCAUGGCACCCGUGGUUGUAAACCGCGUCGGGAUUGGAAUCAGACAGGUUUAAGAGUUCAAGCUGUGUGAGUCUGCUAACACUCACCCUAGCUUUAAUGCAGUGUUGGAGCAUAAAUUGAACCACCAUGGGAGAAAUCACCAUCUGUAGUAUUGCUGAGUUUUAUGGCAAUUGUAUGAAGAGCAUUGCUGUUGGAAUUCUGUAUGUGACUCCCCCCCCCCCCCUACAAUUAGAAAGGACAAACAGAGAAGAACAAUGGUAUCGCAACACAACCUUUUGUAUAGCAUGCCUGCUUCACAGCCAAUGGAUCUGGUCAUGUUUUUAAAAACUUUGUGCUCCUGAUAGACAUACAGAAUGAUGCAGUCUUUUUAUUUUAUUGUUCUUACUGUGAAACAAUUGGGCUUUACAUUUGUACUUGUUGGCCAGUGGACCUCAGCAACUUCUCGGUACUAAGCAAAGUACAAGCAUAUGCAAUUUAAGUGGUUUAUCGUCUGCAAAACAAACAAACAUAAAUAAUACAGUGAGUCUAUAUUUAUAGUGACUUGUUUAUACCACUGUCCCCUAUAGGUCUACCAUGUGACUGCUUAGCAGCACCCUCUGCUGGGUGAGCUGAGAAUGGAGCAGUCUGCUACCUGUUUCUAGAUUAACGCUGUGCUUGCACUUAUUCAUGGUAUCAGUAUUUAAAAUACAUUAAAUAUGGUGCAAAGCAAGUGUUGUACAGACUUUUCUUUAGUGGUGUUUUCUGCUUUUUAUCUUUCAUGCUGUGGUGAUUUGUAUGUCUUUUGCUGGUUUAUUAAGGCUGAUCCACCUUGCUGGAUCAUCAUCGGUGCAAUGUGCUGCAUGGAAUAAAGAGGGACCAAACACUCACAGCACACUGCUGCAGGAUGAGCUAUUGCUUUCAACACGUUGCAUUUAGCCCUAACAGCCCAGUAUACUGGGUAAGCCUUGAUCCUGUGUCAUGGGAACGAGUUGCAACAAUAAAAUCACUACAGAGCAAGUGCACAUCAAAAUGCAGCAAAGGAGAACAUUUCUAUUAAUCACUAUAGUCUUGGAUAUGGAUCUGAAGAAUAUACUGCUGGGAAAUGUAACUACGAAAAACAAAACAAAAAAGAAAAAACAUUGUACUUUUAUCCAGUGGUGAGAGAGCUAAUAUGUAAAUAUACUUUCUUACCUUGUGUGUUAAUAUUGGGGGACAGACAACUGUCGGUGCAUUCCAUCCUCAUUCUCUUGCUCAUCUUGAGAGACUUUUAUCUUGGAGCCAUGUGUACAUUUUAAUGAAUAUCAUUUGUAUAAGAUUGAAAACCAUCAAGCCACAAGGUGUGUGGAUGGAAUGUUCAUUUUAGAGGAAGAUCUAGUGUAUACAUAAAGCACACUAUAAUAUUUUUGUACGUAGAAGCAUUAUGUUAAGUACUUAUUAAAUGAAGUUUGGUUUACAAGGGGUGUUUUUAAUAAUCCCAGCAUAUACAUGUGUGUGUAUGUGUGGGAGUUUAUUACUUGUAUUAAAGCGCGACAGAUUCCUGAUUUGAUGCUGUAUCCUGUAUGUCUAUUUAAAUGCAAUGACCUUUUCCUUUCUUUUUUUUUUUUUUUUUUUAUAACUUAUUUUAUCAAUUUUGCAAGGUACUUGCUUGUGUGCCAGCAGUUUGCUUCCAAACUU